GUACGAUGCCACUCGGCCAGUAUACACUACGGGCAGCGGUUUGCAGCUUCCGCACGCGGGAGCACCCGACGCUGGGCAGCCCGCACCGCACCCGGUGCCUCAACGGUGCGGGGCAGCCCUGCUGCCUCGCCCACGGAGGGCGCCCCAACCCAGGGAACGACCGGCUCUCCGGGCUCUACAGGGGCCCUUCCACGAGGGCCGACAGGGUCGCUGAGCUGGUGGCGUACGCGCUGGCGGCCAGCGUCUCCACUGUGGAGAAGGUCCACGGCGCGGAGGCCCCAAGGCGCACCAAUCGCAUUGAUGGCUGGUCGCGGCCGCCCACUUCGACCGGGUUAAAGCCGUCCCGGGAGUCGUGGAGCACCUUCGCCACCAAAAUUGGGCCGAGCACGCCCGCGGCGAGGUCAACUUCCAGCUGAACAGCACGGACUUGUACAUCCGCCAGGAGGUACAGUCCGCGCCGUUGCCUGACCAGUUGCUCUUCGUUUGGUUGGCUCGGGUGUGGUUCAACAAGGACCUCGCCGUGGGGCAGCUCAAAGAGGAGUACGCCGCUCGCACCGGCAAGCAGCUGGGCCAGGGCGCUCUCCGGCGGGACGCUUUCCUGGAGGCCGCCGCCGGGAAGGUGCUGCAGGCGUACCCCCGGUACCAGCUGGCCUUCUACACGCAGUCUUACAAGGACCUCGGCUUGGGCCAGCCGGCCAAGGGCGAGGAGAAGCACAGGGAGGUGCUGGCGGACUUGCUCGCGGCGUUGCUCCGCAAGAAGGCUUUCCAGAAAGCCGCGCGGGAUCUGCAGGGCAAGGACAAGGGCAUCUGCGAGGUCUUGGGAGAGCGGUUGUGCCUCAAUCAGGAGUGGCACCGCAUGAUCGCGUGCCGGGACCUCGCGGGCCUGCGCCCGGAGCUGGUGCGCAAGCGGGGGUUCUCCUUGCAUUCGAACUACUUUUUGGGCAAGAGCGCCAGGUUGGAGCUGGAUGAAUGCGCCGGCACGGCGCUGCCCGACCGAGAGCGCUUGCAGUCCGUACACGACAAGAUCUUGCAACAGUUCGUGAACGCCCACCUGUGGGCCCCGUCGGGGUGGACGGUCUCCCACACGGAAGAUCUUCUCUGCGAGAAGAAGCGUUGGACCGACAGGCGCGACAAGAACCAGGGCCGCAAGCGGGACAAGGGAGGGGUAGCCCGCAUGGCAGACAGCCAAGCGCGGCGGCAGGCCAGGCUCCGGUCCAUGUGGCGGGUCCUCGGCUUCAGGAAGCGCGUCUGUGCGCCGGAUAUCUUCUCUGACGUGGGGGUCGCGAAAGCGCGGCGCAUGCGUUAGAGAGCGGGCGAUUCCUUGAGACACUCUUCCCUUGGCGCUCCCCCUUCUCCCACCCUCAUCCUCAUCCUAGUCCUCUUCGGACGGCGGUAAUUUAGGGACACGGCUUGGGAGCGCAUCUUGCACCGCCGCGUGG